UCUAAUAUCUGUAACUUGUAGGGGUUGUAACAGCAGAGAUGUUUCGGCAUAUGCAAAAUUCUGAAAUAAUUCGAAAAAUGACUGAAGAAUUUGAUGAGGAUAGUGGAGAUUAUCCACUUACUAUGGCUGGUCCUCAGUGGAAGAAAUUUAAGUCAAGUUUUUGCGAAUUCAUUGGGGUAUUGGUCCGGCAGUGUCAGUACAGUAUCAUAUAUGAUGAAUAUAUGAUGGACACUGUCAUUUCACUACUUACAGGAUUAUCAGACUCUCAAGUCAGGGCAUUUCGACAUACUAGCACACUGGCAGGUAAGGCUUAGCUA